CGAGGCCGUGCCCAGUCCGGGCACGGUCCAUCAGCAUAACUCCUAUGCUCCCAAUAGGUCCUACGGUAGUUUUAAUAAAUCAAACGUAGAAUUAGAAACGGAUAAAGAAAACAAUAAUCUCGAGCAUAUCUCUCCUAUUAGAGAUAAUAUUGCAGAUAACGACAGUGGUAUGUCGUCCGGUGAAAACGACGACUCUGUGAGGUAUAGUUAUAAACGUAAUGUAAGUGUUAAUAAAGUAGCGGACGAUGCAGUAAUAACCAAGUGCCUAACUAAUGAAAAUCAACGUGCUGUGCGUUGGAAUGAGAUUCCAAGUUGUUCUAAUGUUAAUAACGAUGCUUAUGUGGAGCGGGACUCGUUUGGUAGCGAUCGAUUGAUCGAUUCCGAUUUUAUUGUGAUAAACUUGUCGUGUGACGUCAACGAUGUUUGCGAUUCCAAAAUGAGAGAGUCGGUUGUUGGUACAAAUGUUUAUAAUAUUGAUUGUGAUAACUCGAGCAUCCUUAGCGUAGAUUCGAGCCAAAGUUUAGUUCCUGUUGCGAACAACGAAAUCGUCAAAUCGGAAAAUCAGAAGCUGGUGAGUUUAUCCCUUUCCAUUUUGCUGGCCGCGUUGCUCCAAGCGAUGCGAUGUUUCGCCCAGUUCUUAGAGGACAUUGUUACCCCACAAAGAUUAUAAACAAUUGUGUUCCAAAAAUAUUUUUGUGCAGUAUUGUAUUCGCUAGUUAUACGAAUUAUUAUUCUCAAUUACAAGAUGUCAAUAUAUUUCAUUACCCUCUUGUAAA